UUCCAUAGUCCACCCGCCGGCGGGCCAGCGUGUGUUGCAAAACAAGCCCGUUAGUAUAACUCUAGGCGCAGCAGUUGGAGACCAAACGACGUUACGUUUGGUUACGCGAGAGCUUCGUAACUAAUCUGAAAUGGCGACGGCAAUAUAUUUGGAACAUUAUCUAGACAGUAUUGAGAAUCUUCCAUGUGAGCUUCAGAGAAACUUCACCUUGAUGCGCGACUUGGACAACAGGACUGAAGAAAAGAAGGUGGAGAUCGAUAAGCUGGCGGAGGAGUACAUUGCCAAUGUGAAGAACCUGGCGUCAGAGCAGCGAGUGGAACAUCUGCAGAAGAUCCAGAGCGCAUACAGCAAGUGCAAAGAGUUCAGCGAUGACAAAGUGCAGCUUGCCAUGCAGACCUACGAGAUGGUGGACAAACACAUCCGCAGGCUGGAUGCAGAUCUGGCACGCUUUGAGAACGAGCUGAAGGAGAAACUGGAAGUGAGCGGCUACACUAGUCCUGAAGGAAUAGCGCUGAAAAAGGCGGAGUCCCGUGGUCCUCGGGAGAAGCGCGGUUCCAGGGGAAGAGGAAGGAAAGGCUCCGAUGAAGAUUCUCCAAAAAAGAAAAAGAUGAAAAACAGCUCGGACUUGAGCGACGCCCUCUUGCCCAUGCAGCCGUCAGAUGUGUUGGACAUGCCCGUGGACCCCAACGAGCCCACAUACUGCCUGUGUCAUCAGGUGUCCUACGGCGAGAUGAUUGGCUGCGAUAACCCAGACUGUCCCAUCGAGUGGUUUCACUUUGCCUGUGUCGACCUCGCCACAAAACCCAAAGGAAAAUGGUUUUUGUUCCUCUCUCUGUCGUGUCUCAGGUUUUGUCCACGAUGCACUCAAGACAAGAAGAAAAAAUAAGCAGAAUUCAUUCUGUAAUGUUGGAGUAAAAUAGUUUGAUUCUAAACAGAUAUAUAUAUAUAUAAAUAUAUAUUUAGCUGCACACACCAUAGAAAUGGUGACUCAUUAAGCUUUGUUUAAAAGGCCUCAUGUGGAUUGUUGGGCACUAUCACAUUUAAUUGAGCAGCUUACAAAUUCACUCGUGUACGACUCAUAGUCCUGCAUUGCAGCUUUAGGAUACUUGAAAUUGUCAAUUUUAUAAGAUUUUUUUUUUUUAAAGCUAUAAAAGCCUGCUGAGAAAUGAAGCAUUUUAGAUGUCCUCAAAAAAAAGAGAUUUUUAUGUUACCUACCUCCAGCACUGAUGUAAACAAAUUGGAUAAACCAAACAAGUCAUUUUGUCUUUUCUACCAAAAACAUGACCUUUGUGAAUGUAUUGUGGUACUCGUGGUCAACUAAAAGCACUUUUAAUGAUGAAUUUUACCCUUUUUUCAAGGUUUGACACUGCAAAGUUGGUUUCAUAUUAAUCUAAUUUCAGACUAUGCCAUAUUUUGUAUGGACUUCUCACACACAAAAACAUUUAAUUGGCUUUAAGCAUCUUCUCCCAUAAUCAACUGUGAACAUAAGUCAUGUAAGCCACAGGCAAAGAGCCAAAGUUAAUGUAUUUUGUAUAUUCAAUAUUUUAUAUCAAAUAAAUAUCAUUUAUUAAUAAUU